AUGUCGUUUCUUCGCACUGCCUCCGCUUUGAAGACUGCCGCUAGCACCACUGUCAAGUUCAAUGCAGUUCGUGGCAUUACCACUGCCGCUCCUUCUGUGACUCAAACAUUCAACGGCCAAAAGAAGGAAAAUGGCAACUAUACAGUGACUCUUAUUCCUGGUGAUGGCAUUGGUCCCGAGAUUGCCGAAUCUGUCAAGAGAAUCUUUGCUGCUGCAAAGGCACCCGUCGACUGGGAAGAGGUUGAUGUGACACCUAUCAUCAAAGACGGAAAGACUGCUAUCCCUCAAGAUGCUAUUGAUAGUGUACGUCGUUCGACUGUUGCUCUCAAGGGUCCCCUGGCUACUCCAAUUGGCAAGGGUCACGUUUCGCUUAACUUGACCCUCCGCCGUACCUUCAAUCUUUACGCCAAUGUUCGUCCUUGCCGUUCGGUACAAGGCUACAAGACCCCUUAUGAGAAUGUUGACACGGUCCUUAUUCGUGAGAACACCGAAGGUGAAUACUCUGGCAUUGAACACGAGGUUGUCAAUGGUGUUGUUCAGUCGAUCAAGCUCAUCACUAAGGAGGCCUCUGAACGCGUUGCACGUUACGCAUUCACCCAUGCUGAGUCUGUUGGCAGAGACAAGGUUACCGCUGUUCACAAAGCCAACAUUAUGAAAUUGUCUGAUGGUCUUUUCUUGGAUGUCUGCCGACAAGUUGCUAAGGAGUUCCCCCACAUCAAGUUUGAUGAAGUGCUCUUGGACCGUGCUUGUCUUCACAUUGUUUCCGAUCCUUCUCUCUACGCUGACACUGUAAUGGUUAUGCCUAAUCUCUACGGUGAUAUUCUCUCGGAUAUGUGUGCUGGUUUGAUCGGUGGUCUUGGUUUGACACCAUCCGGCAACAUUGGUCGAGAUGCCUCCAUUUUCGAAGCUGUGCACGGCACUGCUCCUGAUAUUGCGGGCCAAGACAAAGCUAACCCCACUGCUUUGCUUUUGUCUGGUAUUAUGAUGUUGAGACAUAUGCGUUUGACCGAUCAGGCUGCCAACAUCGAACAGGCUGUCUUUAAGACUAUUGCUGAAGGCCAUGCUCUCACCGCUGACUUGGGUGGUCGCUCUUCAAACACCCAGUACACAAAUGCUGUUAUUCAGAAUCUCAAGGUCUAA